AAAAAAGCUAUGACAGUUGUAUACUGUGAGAUUGAACUCCAGACUUUUUUUAAGAAGAUGACAUUUGAGAAAUUUUUGGAAUGUUGUAAAGCUUAGGGAAAAAAACGGAAGGGAAAUUCAUAAAUCAUAACCAACCAACCGACAAGACGGCGAAAGGCCAAAUAUCACGCGGUUGAAGAAUAUUUCAUAGCGAAAGCCGUUGUAUAGGUCCAAAAACACUAAGCGGCUUCUUUGAACGUAAAAAGAUUGGCCACAAGAACCUUUAAUGCAUUCUUCAUGAGAUUUAAACCAUAAUAUCUCUUUGCAGCACUUCUUUCCUUUUCGUUUUUAUCUGAUUCAUUCCUCGAUCAAGAAUGUUUGUUGCUUAGAUUCCAUUUCUGGGUUUUUUUUUUCUGGUUAUUAUAUUUGAACAGAGCAAAAACUUCAAGCCUAUAUGUUUUAACUAUUUUAGCGAUCUUUUAGAAAAAGGAAGAAAAAUGGGUUUGCUGAGCACUAUAUUCGGUAUUUUGUGUGGUUUUCUGAACUCUAUAUUUAGUCUUUUUGCCUUCGGAAUUGGAACUUCAAUUGGGCUCGUCAUUGGCUAUUACGCGUUCAUAAACGCACUGCCCGCUGAUGUUGAGGAUGUAAAAGUUUGUCCUUUGGUCGAGGAUGACUUGGAAACUUUGCAGCGAUUGAUUCCAGAGAUCCCCUUGUGGGUCAAAAAUCCAGAUUUCGAUCGUGUUGACUGGCUUAACAAAUUUAUUGAGAAUAUGUGGCCUUACCUGGACAGGGCAAUUUGUGCAACUACCAAGAAUAUAGCAAAGCCAAUUAUUAAUGAGCAAACUCCACAAUACAAAAUUCAAUCAGUUGAGUUCGAAACUUUCACUCUCGGUACCAUACCACCUACUUUUCAAGGAAUGAAAGUCUAUACCACUGAUGACAAGGAACUGAUCAUGGAACCAUCAAUUAAGUGGGCAGGGAAUCCUAACAUCAUUAUCGCAGUUACAGCUUAUGGAUUAAAAGCCACUAUUCAGGUUCUUGAUUUGCAAGUAUUCGGUAUUCCUCGGAUCACUCUGAAGCCUUUGGUUGGUAUCUUUCCUUGUUUUGCCAAUAUAUUUGUCUCUCUAAUGAACAAGCCACAUGUUGACUUUGGGCUGAAGUUACUUGGGGUGGAUCUUAUGGCCAUUCCAGGGUUAUACAGGUUUGUCCAGGAGCUCAUAAAGGAUCAGGUUGCAAAUAUGUACCUCUGGCCUCAAGCCUUGGAAGUGCAAAUAAUGGAUCCUGAACAAGCUUUGAAGAGACCUUUAGGAAUUCUUGAUGUGACAGUUGUCAGGGCAGUGAAGCUUCAGAGGAAAGAUCUCCUUGGCAAAUCAGAUCCUUACGUGAAACUAAAUAUAAGGGAGGAAAAAGUAGCGUUCAAGAAAACUACAGUGAAACGCAGCAACUUGAACCCUGAAUGGAAUGAGGAAUUUAGUUUCGUUAUUAAAGAUCCAGCAACUCAAGUUUUGGAGUUAAGGGUCUAUGACUGGGACCAGGUUGGCACUCAUGAGGAGAUGGGCCUAAAUGUAGUUCCAUUGAAAGAUCUUACACCUGAUGAGCCAAAAGUUUUGACUCUUGUUCUGCUGAAAACUCUGAACCCAAAUGAUCCACAAAAUGACAAGCCACGUGGGCAGCUUGUCAUUGAACUCGUGUACAAACCUUUCAAGGAGGAUGAGAUGUUAGAUGACAUUGACGAUUCAGGUAUGAUGGAAAAAGCUCCAGAAGGAACACCUGCAGGUGGAGGUUUGCUUGUAAUUAUUGUGCAUGAAGCUCAAGAUCUCGAAGGGAAGUACCACACAAACCCACAUGUGCGUUUGUUAUUCAAAGGGGAGGAGAGAAAAACGAAGCGUAUAAAGAAAAACAGAGAUCCAAGAUGGGAUGAGGAAUUUCAGUUUAGGUUAGAAGAACGACCCGCAAAUGAUAGACUUCACGUAGAAGUUUACAGUACCUCUUCCAGGAUAGGGCUACUGCAUUCCAAGGAAUCGUUGGGUCAUGUUUCUAUAAACCUAGUUGAUGUUGUUCAUAACAGAAGAGUCAAUGAGAAGUAUCAACUCAUCGACUCGAGGAACGGUCGGGUUCAAAUUGAGUUGCAGUGGAGAACUUAAGUAUGCCAUAAUUUGUUUUUUUCAUGAAGUUUGUAAAGGAGAUUAGUCCAGAUGUUUUAUGUUGCUAGCAACUAUAGCAUUGCUCACUAUGUUUUUAGUUAUGUUGUUACUGUUAAUCAAUGUUUCUUGGCUCUGCUUUUAAACAUGUUAAUGUCAAUAACUCAUUUUCCUUGCAAAA